AUGGUGUCGAGGCGCACUGGAAAGGAGGCGAAAUCACGGGCGAGAAGUUCUACUACCCUGUCUGAAGUACUGAUUCAUGAGGCAAAAAAAGAACGAGCAGCACGGAAUACAAGAAUCCACAAAAAGUAUCGUCUAUCCCCCUCAUUGGCCAAACUAAUUGGCAGUGAUGAACCCGAAACACGUUACAACGUAGUCAAGUUGAUCUGGGUGCAGAUCAAGGAGAGUAAACUCCAAGAUCCCGAAGACCCUGCCUAUAUUGAUUGUGGCGCUGAAUUUGAGGAGAUCUGUAGCUACCGGCCAACCCACAUCGCACCUCAACUUGACAAAUUAACAAUAUCUUUGGCUCAUCAUGUUGGCGCGAGGACAAAAGUGCAAGCUUCAGGCAGUUCAGGCACCAUGGUAUCGAGACGCACAAGAAAGGAGGCAAAAUCACGGUCGAGAAGUUCGACUACCCUGUCCGAAGUCUUGAUUCACGAGGCCAAGAAAAAACGUGCUCCUAGAAAUUCGGGAAUUCAUAAACGCUAUCGUCUAUCGCCUUCAUUGGCCAAACUAAUAGGCAGUGACGAACCCGAAACACGGUACAAUGUGAUCAAAUUAAUCUGGAUACAAAUCAAGGAGAGAAAACUCCAAGAUCCGGAAGACCCUGCCUAUAUCGAUUGUGACGCUGAAUUUGAAGAUGUGACCGGGAUGGUGCGCCUUAAAGGCUUCACCAUUAUAAAGUACCUCAACCACCACUUUUUAGAAUAG